CAUACAACAAAACGGUUGAGCACAUGUGAGGUCGCGGGCAAAGGUCGUCGUCAAGUUUAUUUACUUUCAAUUUGCUGCAAAAAUAUGUCGAAAGUUUGUGCAAAAAUUGGACCAUCGAUCCUCAAUGCGGAUCUAUCGCAGCUGCAUGUGGAGUCACAGCGUUUGCUGGACAAUGGAGCGGAUUACCUGCAUUUGGACGUGAUGGAUGGGCAUUUUGUGCCGAAUCUCACAUUUGGGCAUCCCGUCGUGAAGUGCCUGCGCUCCAAGAUUCGCGAUGCCUUCUUCGAGACGCACAUGAUGGUGGCAGAGCCACAGCGAUGGAUUGCCUCCAUGGCGGAUGCCGGUGUUGAUCAGUACACAUUCCACAUUGAACCCGUUCUGGGGGAUGUGGAGGGUAUUUGCCGGAAGGUGCGUGAGGCUGGGAUGAAGGUGGGAUUGGCACUGAAACCCGGGACAGCUGUUACGGCGGUGCAGGAGUUUGUCACCAUGGCUGACAUGAUUCUCGUCAUGACGGUGGAACCGGGCUUUGGGGGUCAGAAGUUCAUGGGGGACAUGAUGCCCAAAGUGACGUGGUUGCGGGAGAACUACCCAGAGUUGGAUAUUGAAGUGGACGGUGGCGUGGGGCUCAAUAGCAUUGAUGCCUGUGCUCAGGCUGGGGCAAAUAUGAUUGUGUCCGGAACUGCGGUUAUUCAGGCACCUGAUCAGCGGGCUGUUAUUGCCACACUCCGGGAGUCUGUGGAGAAAGCCAUCGGAAAGUCCUAGGAAGUUUCCUGCAGAAGGGGCUGAUCAUUCCAAUCCAUGGAGAAAUUGAGCGAAAUGCAAAAUUUUGUGAAAAUUGUUUAGAAAAAAUAAUCUAUUUUUGUAUAAAAAAAAUUAAAGUUUUAUAAAUAAAUAAAAAGGAAGAAUUAAAAAAAAA